UCCAAGACAGUCUUUCCUCUCCAGCGAUUACAUGGAAAAAAACACUUUGCAUAGAAAAAUCUGUCAUCUUCUAUUCUUCCUGUGCAUCUUCUCUGCUGUACUCAAUCACACUAUAGCACGAGAAAAUAAUAAAAGCAGCAAUUGUCAAGUGGAUCAUCCUCAUAGAAUUCGCAGGAUAGGGAGUGUGAUUGAUCAAAGUUCUCGCGUUGGCAAGGAGCAAAAAAUUGCCAUUCAAAUGGCUGUCAAUGACUUUAAUCAGUUGUCGAAUUGUUCAAAGCUGGCUUUGCACAUUAAAGAUUUACAUGGAAAGUCAGCUCGAGCAGCUUCCACCGUUGCAGCAGUUGAGCUUAUCAAGCUAAAAAAAGUACAAGGGAUUGUAGCAGCAUUGACAUUGGAAGAAGCAACUCUAGUCACAAAAUUUGAAGAAGUCGCCAACACCCCCAUAAUCACAAUUGGCUCAGCAGCCAUUUCUCCAUCACUACUUCUUCCUCAACCACCAUCCGUUUUUCAGCUGAAUACUGAUAUUGGCACUCGAAUGCAGUGCGCUGCUGCAAUAAUUGCGCAAUUUAGAUUGCAAAAAGUCACGGUCAUAUAUGAACAAAGCAAUAGCUUCUAUGCGGAUUCCAGACUCACAAAACAACUUUCUGCCUCACUGAAACCGUAUAAUUAUGAUGUCGAACUCGAUCUUGUAUUUCCUUCCUUAUUUUCUCUCCCUGAACCUGGGGCCUUCAUUGAAGGAGAGCUGAAUAAACUCAGAAGCAAAAGCAGUGGGAUUUUUGUACUUGUGCAGUCUUCAUUGGAGUUUGCUACAGUUCUUUUUGAGAAGGCCAAAAAAGUGGGAAUCAUGGAAAAAGGUUAUGUUUGGAUUGUGUACGAUGAUAUUGUUAACCUAAUUGAAUCUAUGGAGCAGUCUGUCAUCCAAAACAUGAAAGGGAUCAUUGGAAUUAAGACGAAUGAUGAGGAAAAAGGCAAGCCUUUCCAGGACUUCAGUGUCAAGUUUCGAAGAAAGUUCAGAUCAACAUAUCCUGAAGAAGAACAUCCAUAUCCAAGCAUGUAUGCUCUUCGAGCAUAUGAUGCUACAUGGGCCAUUGCAAAAGCUAUGGAACAUUCUAAAGGGAAAAUAAACUCAAGUGGACUGAUAAAUCAUCUCUCUUCAAGUGAUUUUGAAGGUCUUAGUGGAAAAAUCAGCUUCAAGAAUGGAAAAUUAAUGCAAACAAGUACCUUUCAGAUCAUUAGUGUGACUGGGAAAAUUUAUACAGAAAUAGCAUUGUCGUCACCAGAGCUUGGCUUCUCAAUGGAUCUUGGAGAUCAGGAGAGAAAGGGGACUAGAAGAAAUACUAAUAUGCCUAAGGAAUUGGAUUUAGUUCACUGGCCAAGAGGUGUGCAAACAGUUCCCAAGGAAAGGAAAGUGAAAAUUGGAGUUCCUGUACGGGCUGCUGUCCAAGAGUUUGUCAGCAUCAUGUAUGAUGAAGAAAAGAAGAUAACAUACUUCGGAGGAUUUUCAGUUGAAGUUUUUAAAGCCGCAGUUAAUCUACUUCGAUAUCCUUUUCCUUAUGAUUUUGUUCCAUGUAAUGGCACUUACGAUGAGAUGUUGAUUGCAGUUUAUAAUAAAAGAUUGGAUGCAGUAGUUGCAGACAUGACUAUACUGGACGAUAGAUAUGAUUAUGCUGAUUUUUCACAGCCUUAUAUGGACUGUGAAAUUGUUAUGGUGGUACCUGCAAAAAAGGAUUUGAGAAGUUCAAUAUUCAUUGUUGUGACCGCCUUCGAAUGGAAAUUGUGGGUGGUGAUGGCAGCAUUAAGCUUGUCCACUGGAGCCAUUAUCUUUUUAAAUGAGCACGCGAAUGACAAUCCAGAGUUUGGAGGUUCUUUUCCUCAGAUAAUUGGUUCUAUGCUUUGGUUUUCUGUCACUCUUCUCUCAUUUGCGCAAAGGGAAUCUAUCAAAAAUAAUCUGUCACGAUUUGUUCUCACAGUAUGGUUAUUUGUGAUUAUGAUUGUGACAGCAUCUUAUACUGCUGUCCUAAGUUCUAUGAUGACAGUGCCGAGGCUCCAACCAUCAAUAGUAGAGGUUGAUUAUCUUCAGAAAACUAAUGCAAUUGUUGGAUGCAAUGAGGAGGGUUUCAUCCCAAGAUAUUUGACGGAUACUUUGAAAUUCAAGGAAGAGAACCUCAAGAAAAUUGGUUCUCUGAGUGACUACAAGGAAGCUUUCGAAAAGAAGCAAAUUGCGGCAGCCUUCUUUAUCAGUCCACACGCCAAACUUUUCCUUGCAAAUAAUAGCAAACGAUUUGUCAUUGCAAAACCAAGCCUUCAAGUUGGCGGUCUUGCUUAUGUAUUCCCAAAGGGUUCUAGUUUAAAUGCUGAUAUAUCGAGAGCAAUUCUAAAUAUGAAACAAAGAGGGGAGAUAAAUCACCUGGAAGAGCGUUUCCUUUUCUUCUCAGAUAGCUCCUCAUCAGAUCAACACAUGGAUGACCUAAGUUUAUACCUUUCACAUUUUUCGGGUCCGCUAAUUGUAUCAAGUGUGACUACUGCAAUUGUAUUCUUGAUCAUAGUUGUUCGUGUAAUUCGUAAACGAUGGUCGAUUCAUGACUCUAUACAAUCUUCGCUGAUGUAUAGAAGGAUUUCAAGAUGGGCGGCAUUUCUUUUAGUUGAAUGCCAUGCAAGAUUUUACCCAGGAUACUUUGGGGCAUCCAUUAUUCAGAGACAGAAUAAUUUAACCAAUAUUGUCAGCGAAAAGUGAGGCCUGGAGUGCUAACUAGGCCAUCUAUCCAUAUUUAAUUUGUACACUCAUUUUUCCCAUUUAUUUAUUGUAUAGAAAGUUUUCAAUGAUCAAGAAAUUAAUGAGCUGCAUAUGAAUAAAUCUAAAGGCUUUUUUGUACGGAUCAU